AUGGAUGGCUCACGGUCCAGUGGGCUCCGUAAAAAGAGGAGGUCGAGGUCUGAAAGGGACCGGGAGAGGAGGUCCAAGGGGUUGAGGAACAACCACGUGAGGGCCAGCGUGCUUCGCAUGUCCUCCGACUCCGAGAGGGAGGAGAGCAGGAAUCCUUCCUCCUCUCGGCCCCGACCUCCAAGGCGGAAGAGGAAAGAGUCUACUUCAGCUGAAGAGGACAUCAUCGAUGGGUUUUCGAUUUCUGGGUUCAUGACUCUGGAGGCUUUGCAGAAGGACAUGGCUCUGAAGCCUCAUGAGCGGGUGGACAGCCAGCCGGGGCCCCUGCACAAGAAGAGGCCGGGCCGGGUGGCCAACGGGCUGAGCCUGGGCCGGCGCAAAGCGCGACACCUCCACCAGCACUCGGACCAGGAGAACAACCCGCGCCUGGCCCACACGCUCAGCAAGAAGAAGAAGCUGCAGAAGAAGCAGUGGCCGCUGAAGCCAGGACAGAACAACUGCAAGGACAGUGACAGCGAGAGUGUCAGCGGAGAGUCCAAGCCGUCCUUCCGGAGCAGCUCCAGAGACCAUCUGAGCGAUAGCUCCGCUCCUUCGAGCUUGGGCACAGGCUACUUUUGCGACAGUGAGAGUGACCAAGAAGACAAGGGUUCCGAUGCCAGCUCAGAGAAGCUCUUCAGCACUGCUACGAACAAAGUUCCGGAUUUCAGCGUUGACGCGCUCUCCGCAAAUGACAGCCAAGACGCGCGAGGCCUGGGCAUCCCCAAGGUGUCAGGCCUAGAGAGGAGCCAGGAGAGGAGCCAGGAGAGCGGCAAGGACACGCCUCUGCUGGUGUCCGCGGUGCCAAAGCAGCCACCCCCGCAGGCCCAGCCCCCGUCUGCGGCGCCUCCCCCCAGCCCCGCCCAGGCCCCUCGCGCAGAAGCGGCCCCCCAGCCUCCAUCCCCCGCCGCCCUGCCCAGACCCCAGGGCCAGGCGCCCUCCCAGACCGCCCCUCCGCGGCCCCAAGUCCAGCCCCAACCGCAGCCUGAGCCCCCGUCCCACCCCCGUCCUCCCCCUACCCCUAACCCCCACCCGCACACCCCCUCCCCCGCCCUCCCAGCCCACCCGAGCCAGCCUGGGCAGCACCGGCCCCCCUCGCGCUGCUUCCCCAGGCCUCUGUCCACCUACAACAGCAACCUCAGCCUCAACUGCAUAAGCAGUCGGAGCAGCACUCCGGGCAAGCCUCACGGCCCCCACCUGCCCCCCCACAUACCCCACCAUCCGCCUGCCUCCGCCUUCCCCCUCCCCCUCCCCAACCAGAGCGUGGCCCACAGCUUCCCCCCCUCCCUGCAGUCCUCGCCCCACCCUCAUCACCCCAAUAUGUUCGCGCCUCCAGCGGCCUUGCCUCCACCUCCACCGCUCACGUCAAGCACUCUGCCGGUCCCCGGACACCCAGCUGGGGGUGCCUACUCAGAACAAGAUCUGCUGCGCCAGGAGCUGAACACCCGAUUCCUCGCCUCGCAGAGCGCUGACCGAGGGGCCUCCCUGGGCCCGCCCCCCUAUCUGCGCACCGAGUUCCACCAGCACCAGCACCAGCACCAGCACCAGCACCAACACACGCACCAGCACACGCACCAGCACACCUUCACCCCGUUCCCCCACGCCAUCCCGCCCACCGCCAUCAUGCCGACCCCUGCACCGCCCAUGGUGCGUACCCCAGCCAGAAAUUUUGACAAAUACCCAACAAAAGUUGAUCCCUUCUACAGACACAGUCUCUUCCACUCCUACCCACCAACUGUCUCUGGGAUCCCUCCCAUGAUCCCCCCUACUGGGCCCUUUGGUUCUCUGCAGGGAGCGUUCCAGCCCAAGACUUCUAACCCGCUGGACGUGGCAUCCAGACCCGGCGCAGUUCCGCACACUCUCUUACAGAAGGAUCCCAGGCUGACGGAUCCGUUCCGGCCCAUUCUGAGGAAACCUGGGAAGUGGUGUGCGAUGCACGUCCACAUUGCCUGGCAGAUCUAUCACCAUCAGCAGAAAGUCAAGCAGCAGAUGCAGGUGGAUCCUCACAAGCUGGACUUUGGGCUCAAGCCAGAGUUUCUGAGUCGACCCCCAGGUCCCAGCCUUUUUGGUGCAAUCCAUCACCCCCAUGACUUGGCGCGGCCCGCAACCCUCUUCUCUGCUGCAGGUUCCACACAUCCCUCGGCCGCACCCUUCGGGCACUCACCCCACCACCCCAGCAACUUCCUCACCCCCGCCCCUCAUUUAGAGCCGUUCAGCAGACCGCCCUCGUUCGGGGGUCUGGCCUCGUUGAGCACAGCAGCGUUCGGCGGGUUGGGAAACCCAGCACUGACACCCAACUCGGUGUUUGGCCAUAAAGACGCACCCAACGCACAGCAGCACUUCGGCAGCCCCCACGAGCCCUGGAACAGGCUGCACCGGACCCCGCCCUCCUUCCCCACACCCCCGCCCUGGCUGAAGCCCGGAGACUCUGAGAGGAGCUCCUCUGUGACCGCACACGACCGCGAACGCGACCGUGACCGAGACACGGACAAGCGGGACUCCUCUGUCAGCAAGGACGACAAGGAAAGGGAAGCCAUUGAAAAGCGCCACCAGAGCCACCCAUCCCCCGCCCCCAUCAACUCGAUCAGCCUCCUGGGCCACAACCGCUCCGCUGAGCCCCCUCCACGGAGCCACCUGCCCAGCGAGUCGCGGGACAAGGACAAACCCAAGGAGCGGGAGAGGGAGCGGGAGAGGGAGCGGGACCACUCGGACUCCUGGAAGGACUCCAGCACAGAGGAGCACAAGCUGAAGGAGAACCAGCACAGCGAGAAGGACACGCCCGUCAUCCACGACAGCCGGGCCUCCGAGGACAAGCCCGUCAACCGGGUGACGCCCCCCUACAUGCGUCCCCAGGGUCUGGAGCGGCCCGGUGGUGGGUUGGGCCGUGAAGCCAGCGAUAAGAAGGCCGAGGCGCAGUACGAGCACCAGAAGAAGGGCGGGGAGGUGAAGGUGAAGGAGGAGAGGAAGGAGGAGCAGGAGGCGCCAAAUGAUGGCCCGCCCCCGCACAGGCCCCCAGAGCACCCGCCCCAGGUCAACCCCCCCCCCAGCGUCCACCCGCCCUCAUCCAUGGCCUCCAUGCCCGUGCCCAUGGGCAUAGCCGGCGUCCACCCCAUGAACAGCAUCAGCAGCUUGGAGAGGACUCGUGUUGUGGCCCCCUUCAUGGGCAUCAGCCCCAUCCCGGGGGCGGAGAGGUUCCCCUACCCCGCCUUCCACUGGGACCCCAUGAGAGAUCCCCUGCGGGACCCUUACAGGGGUCUGGACAUCCACCGUAGAGACCCCUUGGCCAGAGACCUGCUGCUGAGGAACGACCCCCUGCACCGGCUGGCGGGCCCCAGGCUGUAUGAGGCGGAGCGCUCGUACCGGGACAGGGAGCCCCAUGACUACAACCGGGACCACCACCCGCUGGCCCUGGAGCACCGCAGGGAGCAGGAGAGAGCGCACCUGGAGGAGCGCGAGCGUCUGCACAUGCUCAGAGAGGACUACGAGCACCCCCGCCUCCACCCCAUGCACCCGGCCGCCCUGGACGCUCACUUGCCCCACCCCCUCAUGACCCCAGGCCUUCCCAGCAUGCACUACCCCAGGGUGAGCCCCUCAUCGGCGCACCAGAACGGCAUCCUCAACAAAACCCCUCCUACCGCUUCCCUGAGUGCCCCUCCCCCCUUGAUCCCCACCCUGGGGGCGCGGCCCAACUCCCCUAGAAGGACUACGCCCCUGACGACGGACAUUAGAGACAGGCCUCCCUCUCACACUCACAAAGACAUUGAGGCGCGGUGAGUGUUGGUGAAGUCAGACGCCCAAAGCCUCGUGCCUGACAGACAGACACUGAACAUUAACCAAGCACUUAGUACUGGGCAGACAAGAGCUUAUUAUAGCUAUGUACAAGUAUGACGGGGGAAAUUGGUGACUGAUGUUUUUGUAUAAAAAAAAUCAAGGAACAAAAAAAAAAAAACAUUUAAAAUUUUACAAACAUUUUAUCCAGUUUGCUCCUGCUUUUGUGUGUAUGCUUCUAUUUGUACAGAAAACAGUUCCUGAGCAAUCAGCUGACCUGUAGAGAAAAAGACACCCUAGCAAAGAUGAUUUUGGAAUGUACAGGUACUAAAAGCAUUGGAAGGAGAUGGCAAACUUUGUAGAUACGUGUACAGUUAAUGUGUUUGCCCCCUAAGGAUAAAAUCAAGGUACAGUACAAAUAUGCAAAAGGGUGUAACGAAAGCUUUACUUUGAACAAAUGUAUAUAGGGGGAGCGAGAGCGGAGCGCGGAGCUUCUUACAAUGUGCUUUUGCAGAUUUGUUUUGCUGUCACAGCCUACUCGUGCUGUGCAAGGUCAACUCUUGUUUCACAGAUUACCCUCCAACUAUGCAAUGAAUGUUCCGGCUUUCUCUGUGAAAGUCAGCAUUUCUCAAAGGAGCCUUUUCACUACCCAGACUUACCCAGAGCAGCUGUAUUCUCUCCUCCACCAGGGAGACUGUCGGAACCUUUUCCUUUUAGUGCUUUCUGAAACUUAAAAGAAUUCCUCUGUGCUCCGCACGAGGCACUGCUUGACCCCGAUUCCUGGUCGGCCAAAAAAAAAAAAAAAAA